AACUUUUUUGGUUUGUGCUACCCCACCGCAGAAACAGCUGUUUUGUGUUGUAUUUCGAAUUUACGCAAAAAAAUAACUUAUCCAAUCGUUGUCUUGUACAUUUUAGUGAAGUUUGCACAGCAUUAUCGGAAAACAUGUUGUCGUAUUUAGUGCAGGAUUAUUCUAAUUCUAUUGACAAAUAUGUAAUCUGUAGCAAAUGUCUGAAAAAGUGUGAAAAGCGUUACAAACUCGAUGAUCCAGAUAAAAAUAGCUUCCGCUUCCUGUCAGUCGAUUCCGUCGAACUCAAUCGGUUCCUGUUGGAUCUCCGGUGUUUCCCCUUGUAUCGACUCCUGAUUGCCAAUUUUAUCAACGAUUUGUGGACCAGUAACCACCAGAGGCUCGUUCUCAAGAUUCAUCCUCCUCUGAAGGAGCCGAUAGACUACGCAUGGGGUGAACGAGCAAACCAAAUGAUGUGGGAACGCAUAGAAUUGGAUGAAUUGAUGUCUUGGUUAUCAACUCUAGGUGGAGCCUUUUCCGCUCUGGGAGACUAUAAACUGGCUUGCGCGGAUACUGCCGCACGGAUAUCGGUGCAACAGAUGAAAUUGGCCAUCCGACUGGGAGAGCCAUCGGUAAUAGCGCGCUGUUGGCUCUAUAUGGCGAUCGCUUUGAUUCAAAAGUACGAGUUCGCAGUCGCCAAACGGAUAGUGAAACGAAUUUACCGCAAGGAAAAACGGCAAACCGAACCGGACACUAGGCUGAUGAACAUGUGCUUGGGAAUUUGGUCCAAGCUUAGCUACGAGUACGAACUGUACCAAAAGAAGCUGAAUAGGCCCAAGGAAUGAGACGGGAACGUUCGCCGGUAGAACAUUUCGAAAUUCUUAGUUAUUAGGUGACGGAAUAAACUUGUUGAAUAGAAAUCCAAAACGGUAAA